UCUAAGGGUUUGAUUAUGAUAGGCUUUAGUCUACUAAAAUGUAGGCAUUUAUUUUUUUGCAUAGUGUAUAUCCCCCACACCUCCUCUGCUCGUGACACUGAGAACUCACCCCUCCUCUUCUCUGGUGAAAGCAAGGUAGGCUGCUGGAUUCUCAGCUGGUUCGAAGUUGGCCAGUAUGCAAUGAUGGCGUUACAUGUCAACAAUAGAGAUGCUUAUUAUCAGAGUGCCGAUUAUUACAGAAAUUUGCAGCCUUUGAACUAUGGGGAUAGCAGCUAUUAUUUUUCCCGAUUACCAGGACCAGAGUCUAUGCUGAAGCCUUCACUGAGCCUAUUUGGCCAGCAGCAGCCACUGUUCCAGCCAAUGCCUCCUACACAUACCCUUGGACCCCCUCCACAGACCCUCGGACCCCCUCCACAGACGCUUGGACCCCCUCCACAGACCCUCGGACCCCCUCCACCAGUAGUAGUGACCCCGGACCGCCUCCGUUUCCCCCUCUCCAGUCCUCUGUCUGCCACACCCCCCGCUCACCUCCAGCUGGUGCAGGGGCCCCCCUGCCCUGUCCCCUGCCCUGUCCCACCUCCCACUGCCCAGGCGACCCUCAGCAGCAGGCCCCAGGAGAAAGAUGCUCAGAUCGGGACCACAGACCAGGACGCUACCUUGGAGGAGCUGUGUAAGCCUCUGUACUGCAAACUGUGCAACGUCACCCUCAACUCUGCUCAGCAGGCACAGGCCCACUACCAGGGAAAAAACCACAGUAAGAAGCUGAGAAAUUUCUAUGCAGGCAGCCAGCAGCCGCCUGCCAUCAGGAUUCCGGAGGUAAUAGAGCCACUUUCCCAGCAACCCCUCACGACUCCACCAACUGACAGUGCAACUCCCAAACAGCUGGUGUCAUUCAUGGGUGCCAGCAGGGUGAUCUUAGCCACGGAGAACGACUACUGCAAGCUGUGUGAUGCCUCGUUCAGCUCCCCUGCCGUGGCUCAGGCACACUACCAGGGCAAGAACCAUGCCAAGAGACUGCGGCUGGCUGAGGCCCAGCAGAGCAGUAGCAUCCUAGAGUCGACUGAGUGUGUCCAAAGGCGUCCGAGGAAAGAGGGGAGCGAGUACAGGUUUAUCAAGAACCGUAGGACCCCACAGGUGCCUAUUGCCGUGCCAGGCCCCUACUACAACCCCCGGCCCAGGCAGAGGAUCCCCAGGGACCUGGCCAUGUGUGUGACGCCCAGCGGCCAGUUCUACUGCUCCAUGUGCAACUCUGGGGCCAGCGAGGAGACCGACUUCCGCCUUCACCUGGAGAGCAAGCAGCACAAGAGCAAGGUGUCGGAGCAGCGCUACCGCAGCGAGAUGGAGAAUCUGGGCUACACUUAGGAGGGCAGUGCCGCAGCACAGGGGAGGAGAGGGGGUGGGGGAGGGGGAGCCAACGACUAUCUAUCAAUGCACUGUACGCUAGAGGCCAGUAGAAUGGGUAGAGACUAUGUUCUGCAGCAAACUAAAAUGUGUGGAAGAGGAUGGUACAUUUAUGUAAAUUAUAUACAUAAACCACUCUUCCACUCUUUUCCUUAAUGUGUAUAAGUUAUUGAUCUUCUGUUCCUGUUUUUGUUUGUUAAUGUAGUGUACAUAUUUGAAGGACAUUUCUAGAAAUCUUUUAAGGUGUGCACAGAAUGUCCACCUGCUGGUACACUUGUGGAUGUUUCACUCUUGCUUGAUUCUGUAUGCCUGUACUGACCCAAGCCUGUGUGUGAUUACCAUGCAUUUUGCAUCUCAGAUGAAACCAGGGAUUUGUCCAUAUUUCACGCUGAAUUUGACCCAUAGUAGGCCUACAUGAAGAACCCACCAUGCUGUGGGGUAUAUUGGUGAAGAUUUUAUCUCACAAUCGGUUUUCCUUCCCCGGUUUAAACCUUGUUAUGACUAGGGCCAGGGACAAUACCAGUAUUGCGAUACUUGUCAAUAGCUUGGCAAGGAAACAAAACAUGAAGUGGGUUAAACUUCUUUAGGAAAACAGCCCGAAUGUUGGAAAAAACAUCAUUAUGUUGUCAACCAGAGUCACAUUUAUUUAUUUCUAAGCUAUAGCACAUAAUAUUUUAUUUACGGCAGGUUUUUAAAGGACCAAAGAGUUUGGUCUGCUUUGUGUUUUCAUGUUUGCCACAGAAAAUAUAUCGCUAUACUGGUAUUUUCACAGCCCUAGUUAUUACCUGAGUUUGAGUAGCUGGACAUUUCUACACUAUAUAUACAAAAGUAUAUGGACAUCCCUUCAAAUUAGUGGAUUCAGCUAUUUCAGCCACACCCAUUGCUGACAGGUGUAUAAAAUCAAGCACACUGCAAUCUCCAUAGAAAUACAUUGGCAGUAGAAUGCCCUUACUGAAGAACUCAGAUACUUUGAACGUGGCACCAUCAUAGGAUGCCACUUUUCCAACAAGUCAGUUCGUCAAGUUUCUGCCCUGCUUGAGCUGCCCUGGUCAUCUGUAAGUGCUGUUAUUGUGAAGUGGAAACGUCUAGGAGUGACAAAAACUCAGCCGUGAAGUGGUAGGCCACACAAGCUCACAGAACGGGACCGGAAAGUGCUGAAGCGCGUACCGUGUAAAAUCCUCUUUCCUUGGUUGCGACACACUACCAGGUUUCAAACCGCAACAUCAGAACAAUAACUGUUUGUUCGGGAGCUUCAUGAAAUGGUUUUCCAUGGCCAAUCAGCCGCACACAAGCCUAAGAUCACCAUGCGCAUUGCCAAGCGUCGGCUUGAGUGGUGUAAAGCUCUCCGCCAUUGGACUCUGGAGCAGUGAAACACGUUCUCUGGAGUGAUGAAUCACGCUUCACCAUUUGGCAGUCCGACGGACAAAUCUGGGUUUGGCAGAUGCCAAUGCAUAGUGCCAACUGUAAAGUUUGGUGGAGGAGGAA